AUGGUGACCGUCGCAAUCAUUGGGGCCGGCCCAGCAGGUCUUGUUGCCGCCAAAACACUCCUCAAGUCAUCUUCCCAAGAUUUCAUCUUCAAAGUCACAGUAUUCGAGCAGGGGACCGACGUUGGGGGUCUCUGGGCUGUAGAAUCAAAUCCCAAUAGAAUCAUCAAUCCUGAAAUGCAUACCAACCUUUCUCAAUUCACCGUCUGUUUUUCUGAUCUUGCCUGGGAUUCGGUGGAAACAGCGUGGCAAGUCCAUCGAUACUUGAAGGAAUAUGCUGCGAGAUACAUUCCACCUGGAACCAUCGCUUUCCAAAACUACGUCAAAAUGAUUGAACAAAUCCAUACUUCUCCAGAGGUGGAGACCAAGAAAUGGAAAAUCACAAGCAUCGCGCUCGAAAAAGGUACACCCAUCGAAAAGAUUGAGAUAUUCGACUAUCUGAUCAUUGCAUCUGGAUUUUUCUCUCAAGCCAGAAAAAUUCCAUUUCCAUGCACCAACCUGAUUUCAAAACAAGAAAACCAGCCAUCUACCAUCCUCCACAGCUCUCAAUACCGUCAAGUUUCCGAUCUCUCACCUACCCAUGCACAACCUUUACCAAGAAAAUUUUUCGUAGUCGGGGGCUCCCAUUCAGGCGCCGAAGUGGCAUCUUUAAUCGCCAUGCACAUAUCCGACGCGCAGUAUUCGCCUUCUGUAACUGGGACUGGGACUGGGACUAGGACUUCCGCGCCAGAAAUCAUACACGUGAUGCCUCAUCCCCUCGUUUCCAUACCGUCAUUCGUCCGCAGCGGAAAUGACAAACUCCCUUCAUUUGCGCAAUUAGAUUCGCGUCUGUACGAUCUCUCUUCGCGACCGGAUGGUCCGAUUUCGUUUACUUUUGGGCUUUCGAAUCCCGAGAAGAGGAAGAAAUUGAGGGAUACGCUUGGGAUGCUUAUGUCAGGGACAGUGAAUGGAGAAAAUGAUGAUGGAUCGAAAAAAAGCGAUGAAAUUGAUUUGGGAGCUCCGUAUGCGGUUGUAGGUGACAAGUAUGCGGAAUUCAUCAGGUCUGCUGCGAUUAAGCAAGUAUUUGGCCGGAUUACUCUGCUUGAACAGCAAUCGCAAAAUACAAAUUUGAUGCUCGCAACCAUCGAAUCACAAUCCGACCAAAUCAAAAUUGAAGACAUCGCAGCCGUCGUAUACGCGACGGGAUUUUCCACCUCUCCCGCGCUGAAUUUCCUCCCAGAAGAGAUUAAAGAGAGUUUAGGCUACAACGCCUCUUAUCCCCGUCUUCCUCUACUUUUGAGUGAAGAUUGUAUGAGCAGCUCUCGAGAUUCUCCGAGUACUUUAGCACUGAUGGGAUUUUUCGACGGUUCAUAUUGGGGAAUCUUGGAGAGUCAAGCGCGCGUGAUUGCGAAGAAAUGGGGGGGACAAACCGAGGGGUUUUCUUCUCCUAUUCAUAAUCAUGAUGGAACAGCCGAGGACAGUUCUUCUAAACUACGCGUCUUUAUGGAAGAAUCAAGGAAUAUGAUGGAGAAAGACCCAUUAUCCGUCCCCCAAAAUUUCUUCAGCCAUUACUCUGGUCUAAUAGAAGAAAUCUCUCGAAAACUCGGGCUUCAGAAAAUAAACCUAUCAUGGGGCGAAAGAGAGGGAAUGGUGAGUCCAGCUCGCUACAUCGAUUCACAGUGCGACGCACUCGAAGCCGAGAAAGCCAUGCGAAAACUGCAAAAAACACUCCAAGAUUCCCGGGAUGGGAAGGCUAUUUUCGCGAAAUCGACUUUCCGUGGGCUCCAAGGGAACUGGAAGGACUUCAAUGCGAAGACUGAAUCUCUUGAAUCAUCCCCCAAGAGCUCGAGCUCGAGCUCGAGCUCAUUCCAUCCCCGCUUCCCAACAGAUACAACUUCAGAUCUCGAGUAUCUCUGUAUCACACAGUGCGAAGAAUCACGCCCUCCCAUCCCUCGAACAAUCUACCGGCUCCGCGAAAGUGCAAACCAAAUCGAGAUAUGGAGUGUAGAUGCGAAAAGCGGAUUAGCAGGCGAUAAAAUACAUUAUAUUCUCGAUUUCAACGACGGGAUUGUCGAGGAACAGACAGAUGGAAAUCGAGUUACUAUUCUAGCGACAGGGGCUCCUGAUGCAGAUUCGAGAUAUAAGAUUGUAUACUCAUUCUGUUUUGCGGGGGUGGGGAUUACAGAAUUUAGGAUUGAGUAUUUGGAUGAGGAGGAUUUUAAGAUUGAUUCUGGGGUUCAUUUUGUGCGAUGA